AUGUUUUUAGUGGAAAAUGUGGAAGAUCUUCUACAAUUAAGUCACGAGUAUCAGGUGAAACAACUCAUAUUCGACCCUUGUGUGAAGUUCCUCGAGGACCAACCUAAAACAAAAGAAAACGUCAUGAAGACUCUGGCGCUGGCAAAAUUGUACAACCUGGAGAAGGUACAUCAGGGCUGCAUCGACCUGCUCAAGAAUAUGAGACUUGAGUCCCUUUCAGAAACUGUUCAUUUGCAAGAUCUCGACAAGGAAAAGACACAAUAUUACCUGACACAAAGGAUUGAACGAUUAGAGACGAUUCUUGACGAAGUGUAUCCCCAGUUUUUCGGGUCAGUGGUGACUCUGAUGAUGCUCCUGUUGUACAGCAAUGGUUACCGCAAAUUGCCUUCGUGCAGUACGCAUGUCUACUGUGGUAAAUUUCGUCGACCAGUUUCCUAUUUGCAAAUCAGAGACUGUCCAGAAUGUAAAACCAUGUUGAGAGAAAUGAUUCGACAAAACCCUUAUGAUGCAGAUGACGAGAAUCAUUUCGACUCUAACCUGUUCUCUGUUAUGGAGGAUUUCUCCAGGCUAAAGAACUACGUGAAAGCGGCAGAAAACCGUAAACCAAGUAAAAUAGUCCCCAGUCUCUUCCUGAUAAUGCUGUCUGCUCGAUCGAACGAGUUUAUACUUCCUUGUGCCAAUCGUGAAGACAAGAAAAUACCUUUUCGCUUUGUCAGAGAAGUCUUCUUUACAAAGAUGGCAUGUAACAUCGAGGAGACAACCGUUGAAGAGAAGGGAACCGAAAACGAAACUGUUUUUGAGCAGUGCGUCAAGUUCCUCGAGCAUCAGCCAAAAACAGAAAGAAAUGUAAUGAAGAUUAUGAAACUUGUAAGCUUGUACAAGCUUGGCAGUGUGUUUGAGGGCUGCUACACCACGAUAAGGGAAAUGAAACGUCAGUCCAUUUUAGAAGCUACCCAGCAGGAAGCUCUUGACCAGGAGACCUUGCAAAAUAUCAUGUCGCAAAGACUUGAACGGUUAGAAACGUUUCUUGACCGGUUGUAUCCUCAAUUUAUUGGGGUUGUGGAAUUCUGUAUGUCGCUCUUUUAUAAAUCAGACAACCUGAAAAAAGGGGUGACUUGGUGUCCUUUCCACUUUACCAACUGUAAAUCACACUCGGGCGAUAUUGAUAAACGCCUCAGGGAAUGUUCAGUUUGUAAGCAAAUGUUGAUUACAAUGAUUGGAACAGCUAAGGAAUUGGGCUUUCAGGGCUUCGGUCCAUCACGUAAGCGUGAGUUUCCUUAUCAUUAUGGUGGCAAUUUAUAUUUUGACGAAGCUAUGUCAUCUUUGAUACAGGAUUUCUCUAAGUUGAUAAAAAAUUAAUUGCCACAAGUUUCAGCUAGUAAGUGGAAUCACUUCUGGAAAGGUUCUUGAUGUCUUGAACAAUUUAAAACGCUUUUAUCUUAUACGGGUUAGAAGUAGGAGAACGCUACUAGAAGUGUUGAUGGCCAAACGUCAAAUUAAUUUGUUGAGUAAAGUCUGUGCGAGGUCGUAACACACAAUUUUAGUAAGCACACCAUGGACGAAAAAUCGAAACGAAAAAAAAAAAUGGACGAAAAAAAAA